GUUCAGUUUCAACUUAUUUUGGCGGAGUUAGGUAGAAAACAGUAUUUUUCCUAAAACACGCAAAUUGAUUAUGAUCGAAUUUUGAGGGACGUUUCUUCAAAAUAAAGUUUUGGAAAACACGGCUUAUUCCGAUUUUUGACGUUUUAAUGACGCUUUAAAGCGUCACCGGUCCCGAAAGGGUUAAUUGUAGCUGGUGAUCCUCUUCAACUAUCGCCUGUUCGACAAUGUACUUAUCCACAUUCUUUCGAUGCACUCGCUUUCACUCAAAUAAAAAGUGUCUCGAAAGUACUGACUUGGCCGGAAAUGUCAGUUUUCAAAAUCGAUUUUCUCUUAUGGCAUAACACAAAUUUUGAGGCAUAAGUAGUUCCAACCUUGAUCCAUGAAUAGAUGAAAAACUUUCGGUGGGCAACGUUAAGCUGGCUGGAAGUCUCGAGUGCCCCCGAGCGUAGGUAUCAUGUAGAAAUUAUUAAAUUUUUAGAACAGUAUUUUGCAUUUUUGUUUUGAAGAAAGUAUUUUAAAGCGAAACCAAGCCCAUAUUCGUGAUUAGCGUCAGAAACUGAAUCGAAUAAUGUAUCAUUCAGUCCUUUUUCGACAUAUUGUUUCAGCAGAAAAUUUCUACAAAUUUUAAUCAUUGAUGGAACUUCUGGAUUUCUAUAUUGGACGUAAAAUUGAGUCGCAUCGGGAAAGUCGUUCCAGGGUUAUGGAGAAAACAAUUUUCAAAAUAUCAGUCUAAAGCGAGAAAAUAAUGUCAUUUUCAAAACUUUCGUUGUCUUUGUCUGUACAAAAAGGGUUUAGGGGAAAAAUUUUUGUUGUCAACUUCUUACAUUUGGAGCGGCCUAUCCACUGCCAUGGGUUUCUUGUAACCAGCUAUAACAAAGUUUGCAGUAGCAACACGUUUUGAGUCACUCUACACAUUUUUCAAAAAAAUGUCACUAUAUUUCUCAGUAUAUUGUAAAUUUUUCCGAAACCGAACAAGACUGACGGUUCAAAUUUUAACCAUUGAUAGAACUUCUGGAUUUCUAUAUUCAGUGUAAAGUUCAGCCUCAUCGGAAAAGUCGUUCCAGGGUUAUGGAGACAACAAUUUUCAAAACUUCACUCUACAAAGUGAGUCAUAAUCGCUAAAUUUCCAAAAAUUUAGUCUCCUUCCUCGAAACGAGAGAAGUUUUACAAGAUCUUUUUUUGUGAGCUGGUUACUUGAACAGUUGUCUUCCUUUUCGUAUUGUUUUUUUUGUCCUCAGUUUCAACAGUCUGCAAUAGGAAGCAUUUUGUGUCAGUCUACACAAAAAUGGAAAAGUGUAUGUCAAAGUUGGCGGAGUGAUGUAUGUUGGGCGGGUGGCCUCUGAAAAUAAGGAAAAGAAAUUAAUUGAAGAUAUCGAUCGCAUGUCGAUCGGUCUACAAAUUGGUGUGUUAAUUAUCCUUCUUCUCUUCUCCAUCUCGUCCGAAAAGUUCUUUUUUGAACGUAUCUGACCAAAAAACGUUAUUUUUUCGAAGUGUUUUUCGUAGUACUCGGUAACGACAUGAGCUAGACAGGUGAAUUUCUGCAUGGUAGUGAGAGAUACUUAGUAGAAUAAAAAUUGGAAAAAGCUUUUGUAUUGAUUGAUCGGAAGAAACCUUGCGGACAAAAUAGUGCUAAAAUGUCAAUCGUACAAUAAAGUUGCAAUUUACUCAUAUAUUUGAAAUCAGCGUACGAAACUAUAUCGAAUGAUACGGCAUAACUUCUCGUUUAGAUUCUUCUCGACAUUAUCAAUCCAAUACAAUCGAAUUCUCAUUUAAUUAUUGAUAUUGCUCUGAACAACAAUGAGAGGAACCGGUUCACAUUUUAGAAAGGUAAGAAUAUUUUAGUGUAUUAUGUGAACAUGUCAAACUGAAUCUAAUUUUGAAUCGAUUGCCUCUUGGAUAUGAUGAAAAAAGGAAGUUAUGCUAAAAGAUCAAUGAAUUUGGCUACGAAGUCGCUUUUAUUUAGAAGCGCGAAAGUCUUCUUCGUAUAAUUUGCAUCUAGAAAUCGAAAACAAGGAUUUCUUUUCACGAGUAAUGAUCAUGUUGAUUUUUUUAUAAAAAAAUUCGAUUAACGACCUUUUUAUAUUUAUACAGCUAUCUUAAAUCUUGCAUUAAUGCUUCUGAAAUAAUUGUCUCAUUUUUAAUUACAAUUCCAGAAUGAUAAAUCAAAAUUUAUCGCCCCAACAUACGAUCCAGAAAUGCCUGUAAGAGUACGACAGUUAUUGGAGAAGGUGGGCGAUGAACCCAUUAUUAAAAUUCAACUCGGUCGUACACCCGUUCAAGAUCUUCCUAUUAAAAUACUUGACUUUUUGAGCGAUUCGAAAUUUUCCGAUAAACAACUUGAACUUGGUUAUGAUGAAAUCUAUCACAAUUAUUUACUCAUUACUAUCCAGAAUAGCAAUGGACCCAAUGUACUACAACAUAUACUCGGAACUGUAGCACACAGUACAACUGCUAGCACUAUUCUCAAACUUGAGAAAGCACACCGCAUUGCUCUCACCUAUCCGACGAUACCCGAUGAAUUGCUCUCUGUGUACGAUAUUCCACUUACGCCAAAUAAACCAUUGACACUCAAUCGAUUAAUUUCUACAGCGUCGAACGUUGACAAAAAUUUUUACAAUUAUAAUGCUGCCGAAAAUAAUAUGUGCCAAACAUUUGUCGAAAACAUUGUUGAUAUCAAUGAUCUGACGCGUAAUAUUACUGACCAAGCAACACUGAAUGCUCUCAAACCACAGGAUGCCAAAGCAUUGAUUGCUACGCUCGGCAGUCGAUCUAACAUUGUCAAAGCUGCGACUGAUUUGGGCGCCAAAUUCGACAAACUAGUAUUCGAUCGGAAAAUCAAAUGGAAAAAUUCGUCACCAAAAGAGUUGGAUUUAUUGCGCAAUGGCGAUAUUGCAGAUUCGGAAAGCACUGGUACCGUAUACGAAGCGAUUCUUCAGCUCGAACGAAAUGAUAAGCCCAUAGUUGAUCACUUCGCACGUCCCCGUCGGCUGCUUGUUGAUUUUUGUGAACCAAAGUUUCAUCGUCGUGAUCGAUCAUCAUCGCCGAUGUUUUUGAACCGUCCCGAUGUUUAUUUACAAUAUAUGUAUUCACAAGAUCGCUCAGCUUCUCAUUCUUUUGCUGAUUACACUCGUACAUAG